AUGCUAUCAUCGUCAACGGUAUUAUUGCCAGCUAAGGGUAAAACCGCGUCGGUGUGUAAGUCUACGAAUGUGUUUCACGCAGUGCAAGAUCAGGACAGCACGGGCUGUACAUUUUAUAACGGGCCACACAAAAUAUACAGUUGUGAAAAAUUUCGGGACCUUGACGCAAACGGUAAGUCGAAAUUUGUGAGAGAAUCGCGCGUGUGCAUGAACUGCUUAAGUUCAGGCCAUUACAAGGCAAAGUGUAACAGCACAUCUGCAUGCAGGAUUUGCCAUCAACGCCAUCAUACGCUGUUGCAUAAUGCUGCCGCUACAACUAACGCUACAACCGUUACUCAUUUCGUCAACAGCGCCUCUCUUAGGCCUUUCUCCCCCGCCGCAGACGUCAUGCAUCAAACGAACGUAACCGUUUCAUCCGCUAACGGUCCUUCCACAGACACCGCUGCUGCCUGUACGUCUUCACAUUUGAAUGCCAAUCCCAACCAGCCUCGUCCAAGAGAAAGAACUGUGCUGUUGGCGACCGCCUUAGUCAAGGUACGCGAUUGCUCUGGUCAUUGGCAACCCGCUCGCUUGUUGUUUGAUUCUGGUUCGCAUGCUUCCUUCGUAACCGAGUCAUGUGUACAACGCUUGGGAUUACCGCGAAGAGGGUCCGCAAUAUUAAUUUCUGGAAUUGGUUCCUCCCAAGGGAUACGCUCUAAAGGUGAAGUAUUACUUUCAUUAUUAUCUCAUUUUUCAGAUAUAUGCUUUACUGUUGACGCAUUGAUUCUGCCUAAAAUCACAAGCGAUUUGCCAACACAGCCCUUGAAGGUUUCGGCGUGGCCGCACCUACAAGAUCUAUUUUUAGCCGAUCAGCACUUCAUGAAACCCGGGCGUAUCGAUAUCUUGGUCGGAAUGGACGUCAUGGGACAGCUCCUCUGCUCGGAGAUUCUUAAGGGUCCACCCGGUACGCCCAUGGCUCAACGAACGGUUUUCGGUUGGACGUUGUUUGGAAAUGUCGAUGGGUCCGAAUCCGCUUCGCUCGGCUUACAGUCUUUGUAUUGUGAAGUUCAUUUAGAUCGAGCGCUCACUAGACUUUGGGAGUUAGAAGAAGCACCGAAAAAGGCCCACCUCACUUACGAAGAACGCUAUUGUGAAGAGUUUUUCGAAAAAACGCACAGAAGGUCACCUGACGGUCGAUUUAUAGUAGAGCUGCCGCUGAGAUCUGACGUACCCUUGGGAGCAUCACGAAGUUAUGCUGUUCGAAGUCUACUAAGCAUCGAAAAAAGACUUGCGCGAGAUGACGACCUACGCCAACGCUACAAUGAGUUCAUGCAAGAACUCAUCGACAUGAAGCACAUGGAACUUGCACCACCGCCAACGGAUCAAACGUUCUAUAUGCCGCAUCACCCCGUUAUAAAAGAGUCAAGUGUCACGACUAAAUUGAGAGUCGUGUUCAAUGCGUCCGCCAAAACCACCACCGGGAAUUCGUCGAACGAUGUAUUAUUUGUUGGUCCCCAAUUGCAACCUGAUUUAUAUUCUAUUUUAACACGUUUCAGAACGCAUCGCUACGCAGUAACAGCGGACAUCGCGAAAAUGUACCGCCAAAUAUGCAUGUCCACGAAAAACCUCGAUCUACAACGCAUUGUCUGGCGUCGUGACCCGACGUUACCCAUAAAGGAUUAUCGCAUGUUGCGCGUUACUUAUGGCGUUGCCGCUGCGUCCAACUUAGCCGUUAAAUCGCUGCAACAAACCGCAAAAUAUUCGUCACACAUUUGUGAGAAGGCUGCUGCCGUCAUCCAUAAGGACUUUUACAUGAUGAUCUCCUCACUGGUGCGUCUUCUAAAGAAGAGCUGCUAG